AGGCAGAGGUUGACUGUUGGACAGAAAGGCAACGAACAGAUGCUCCUCACAAUGCACAGCAGAGACUUCUCCAUAGAGACCAGUCAGGCAUGAGAUACUGGAGGCUAAAGCGGCUGGACAGUGGAUGAACUGACUAGACUGGACAAUGGUCAGAGCACACGUAGGAAAUCAGAGUAGUGAUCCUCAGUAUUUAAGGAGAGUUACAGCAGCCUUGGAGUAGCACUAGGCAGUAAGAGCUGGAGUCGGAGCAGUCUGUUCUCUACGAGUCUACAGUAAGCCCAGUUACACUAAAAGGGGACAUCACCUGUUGCAGUGUGGGUCUAGGGUAACUUUGAUGUGUGUUAUACGCUGUGGAACACUGAGACAUAGAGAUGACUGGAGCCCUCCUGUCUGGGCUUCUGCUCUGUUGCAUAGUGGUGCUGUGUGAAUGUGAGCCAACACAGCCGGGGCCAGACAAAGGAGCGAUGGACUCAGGCGAGGGCAGUCUGGUCCAUCAAACAUCAGACUGGGUGUUCCAGCUGGUCAACGUAUCCCUGGACCUCUCCCAGGCAGAGAGCUUCUGCAGCGGCCAGUUCAGCUCCCUCACCACCCUGGGACAGCCUGAAGACGAGGAGGGAACCCUGGAGCUCCAGAGGCGGGCAGGCCUGCAUGGACCCAUGUGGGUCAGGGACCCCAACAGACCAACGAGCAGGCCUCUGGCACUAGCCAAACAGUACAUACUCUUCCAAGCCCUGAACUUUCCCAGGGAUUCUCAGGAGGGCUACGGUCGUGUCAACAUGAUGUUCCCGGCCCUGCCAGCGGUGAGCAUGUGUGUCCGCGUGCAGUGGGAUCCCCAGUGGGACCAGGUGUCCACCAUGUACUCCUAUGCCGCACCUGUCUUCACCAAUGAGUUCCAGCUGCGCGGGCAGGUGGACAGAACAGGACGCAUACUGCUGGCGCUCAUUGUCCAUGGGCAGCACCUCCCCUAUAAGGCCUCCUUCCUCAACGAUGGGGCCUGGCACCACCUCUGUGUUACCUGGCGCAAGGCUGACGGCCACUGGGCUAUCUAUGUGGACGGGGAGAGAGGGGCCAUGGGCUCCAGGACUGACACCCCCAGGGACAUACAUGGAGAGGGCAUACUUAUCCUGGGGCAGGACCAGGACUCAUUUGGAGGGAACUUCACUGAACCCUUCGUAGGGAAUAUCACAGAUCUGAAUGUCUGGGACACAUCCUUGGAGCAGAGGCAGUUCCGUGCCCUGGACGGCUGCUCACCUUUGACCCAGCAAGCUAUCUUUACCUGGAGUAUUGAUAAUAUGACCCGUCACCCAGUGGUAAGAGAGGUGUCAGCCAAUCUGUUCUGCCCAGGGGUCCACAGGCAGAGGGAGAUGCAGGGCUGCAAGGCUCUAGAGGGCUGGUCUAGACAACAGCUCCCCUUGUACAGCUCUGCAGACUGCUCCACCACACUCCCCUUCGUCUGCAGGACCAGCAGGGAGCGCUAUGUUAAGAUGAAGGGGUUGAGUGAGUUUCAGAGCUCCCAUCCCAGUCCCUUCAUGAACCACCUCAUGCAGCUCUCCAAUGGAACACAGGGUGUGGAGGGUGUGAUUGGGGAGCAGUCAGGGGGCCAGAUGAGCUGGGGUCAGGUGUCCAGUCUGCUCAACAUGUCCAGGCAGGCCCUGGAAGACACCAAGGAGGGGCUGCAGCCUGGAGACAUGCUGUCCCUGGUCCAACUGCUGGUGCGGGCUGCAGACGUGCCCACAGACAUGGCCACGGAGGGGAACCACAGCCGGGCCACCAACAGCGCUGGGGAGCUCAGCCACACCUUCAUCACUGUGGCUGACAGCAUCAUCAGCCAGGACAACGUCCCCAAGUGGCAGGCCAUCAAACAGGUGGUGAGUGGACCGAUGACUGUGGUCAAGAGUAUUGACCGCAUGGUGACCAGUCUGAGCACUCGGCUGAUGGCAGAAACCGACCAUCUGCUCAUUCACAGCUCCAGCAUCAAGCUGGAGGUCCAGCAGCAGAGUCUGGGAGAGGAAUCUAGUGGGUCUAAGUUCUGUGGUCCAGUGGUGGACAGCGACACCAACAUAGACUGCAUCUCAGUCCCCACACAGAACAUGCAGGAUCUCCAUGACAACGGUGAGAGACAUCCCUGAGGGCACUGUACUGUCUGUAACUGUGCUGUCUGUAGCUGUACUGUGUCUAGAUGAGAAUAUAAACUCCUUCAAUCAUAGCCUGCUGACUACUUUACAGUCUCAACCGUGCAUUCUUCUAACAGCUAAAACACCUA